AUGAGUGUUUUUGGAAAUCAAUUAAGCUCCAUUGGAAUUAGAGGAUCGGUUGGCUAUGUUGCACCAGAGUAUGGUAUGGGAAGUGAGGUAUCUACAUACAGGGAUAUCUACAGCUUUGGCAUUCUCUUGUUAGAAAUGUUUACGGGGAAGCGACCCACUGAUCACAUGUUCAGUGAUAGCUUGAAGCUUCAUAAUUAUGUAAAGACAACUCUCCCUGAACUGGUUUCAGAGAUUUCAGAAUCACUACUUCUUCAAGAAGGCACCACCAAUGUAGCUGAAGCUCACAGGCACAACCGAUUGAAUGUGAGAGCACAGAAAAUUGAAGAGUGCUUGACUCUGAUACUUGGUAUAGGAAUUGCAUGUUCUGUUGAAUCCCCCACAAACAGAAAGGAUAUCAGUGAUGCUGCAUCUGAAUUGCAAUCCAUUAGUCGCAAUCUUCUCAACUAGAACCUUUCAAAUUAUUAUGUUUUGUGAUGGCUAAUAACUUGUUGUAUGGUUCUUGUAUUCUGAUCUGUUUUGUUUUUGAAUUCUCUGAAGUCCUGUUGCUACCAUAGUGGUUCUUGAUAUUUGCAUGUUAAUGUACUAAAAUGAAUACAGAAGAGUACUAAUGCUUAUUGUAAAUAUGUAUCCUAAAUCGAAACACGUACAUGAUCCCAUUCGGAUCAAUGAAUCAAGCUGAAGCUGUCAUGAGCGUGAUCAGUUGUAUUGCAACAUCCUGACCUUCAUUCAGUUGUGUUGUGAUUUAGCAUGUAUUUUUCCCAAUUG